AAAAUUCGGAGCAAAGAAAUAUUCACUAGUUGUAUUAUUUUCACCUUACAGGAAGAAAAGAAGAAACGACGGUCGUACGAGAUAAAAGAGAGUCAGUAUCAAAUAAAUGAUAGCAGCGAACGGCAGACUCCGUGGCACCGUUCUUCGUUAAUCAUACUCGACAUGAAUACACGAAGCAUUGAUAAAGAGUCACGUAUCUUUUGUUUGGAAUUUAUAAAAGUCUGCAUGAUUCAAAUUAUUGAAGAUCAAGAUACCCUUGUACUAUUCAUGUAACAGCGUGCUCCUGAUAAGAAAGUGUACCCAGUAAUUCUUAAUGAUAACGACGCAUUACCACCUUUGUUCUUGAGGAAUAAUUAUAGCUUGAUUACCCGUUAUCGAGCAGUGAUCGAAAAUAGAGUUAAUUGCAAGAAAUAUUUGCCCUGAUAAAAGAUUACCUAAGCUGGAAAAUACCAUCUGAAGUACCAAAUAUAAAUAUAGAAAUAAAUUGACUUUUGUCCCUCUUAAUACAUGUUGAAAGUUUGCAUAUCCUGUAUUAUAACCGUUUAAUUGAUUUUACUAUGGUACCUUGAGUAAACUACUAAACAAGACUAGUCUUCGCGUUAAUAAUUUAUCGUUUUGAAGCACGUUUAGACGCAGAAUGUGCGAACGCUAUCGAGGGUACUCGAGUAAAUGUUAACGAAAGAAGAGAUGGAGGAGAAGGAAGAGCAGAGACAGACAACUGCGUUUCGUAUCAGAAUCGAAGAUCGCCUAUCACGAUCACGUCGUUUCUAUACCGUUCGUCUCUUCGAUGGCACGAAAGUUUCACGUGAAUCCACGCGGCUUUCGCGCAAUUUGCGUCACACGCCCUCGGUGAACCCGUUUCGCGUGGUUUGCCAACAAAUUUUCCAUCGAUAAUUCUCCGUUGUUGGUACUUUCUUUUCAUCGCCGAGUAUUCAUGGACAACCUAAAAUUAAUUUCACCUAUAUUAUAGAAUCUCAUUGUACCCGUGUUCCUAAUGGUUGACUUAAUAUUAGAACCAUCUUUCCUUAUUUGAUAUGAGCUUUGAAGAGGCGCAUUUGCACGCGUGCAAGAGACGUAGAUAUGGUGGUAGACAAUCUGGCAACGCGUUCUUCAUGGAAUUUUCUGCUGAAACUGGUGAAGACCGGUGUUCUGUUCAUUUUGAACAAUAUUUAAUGUUGCCACGUGUAAAAGUUAAGAACGGUAUACGUAAUUACUGAUACGCCGUGCAUCUAAGAUUCGAAUAAAAACCGUGCAAAGUUUAGGUCAACUCGGUGAUUCGAAGGUCGUGUACCUCGGGACACGUUUGACAUCGCAAACAAUCAUAAACAAGUGUCAGAGCUGCCGUCAGACACAAAGUACAUCUAAAUGAUGCGAAACGUUAUCGUCCCUAGUCGGUGGAGUUACUUUUUUCUCGACGAUAUCAACGCUAAUAACACAUGUCAGCGCGACUUACGCAUUAUUUUCCACAUACACGCGCACCACAUACAUUACUUAAUCUUGAUUAUUGCGUUACAAACAUUAUUUAUUUAUUCAUUUACUUAUUUGGAUUUUGUUCAUCAUGCAGCUUUUUCGUCACUUUGUUUUUAUUUAUAUCGACGAGAAGCUUAAAAAACGGAGCGUUAUUGAAAACAUUCCACAAUCGAAAAGAGUGAUAUUUCUCGAGGUCAAUUACGCUUGUUAACUCAAUUUAGAUCACCUGAUCAAAGAAAAGCUUAGCGACGGUCGCGAUAGAUAGUUGGUUUUGCAAUUUUCAGGAAAAAUGAUAACGAUAAAAGGACAUAAACAAGGUUUGGAUAUCAAGGUCUGGUUCCUCCCGAAAGAACUUUCCACAUUAGAUAAGGAUUCGUUGAAACGUAGGAGGAAAGAAGAGGACGGGAAAACCGUAUCUAAAUGUUCGCUUUUGACGCGUUUUGAAAGAUCUUCCGCCCCUACCACCAUCGGCCCCAUGUACCGCUCGUCAAUACGAUGAAUCCGUGAAUGACGUGAUCGUCUCCUUAUCACCAAUCCCGUGACGUCGACAUUAUCGUAUAAAUUAUCCACGGAAGGAGACCCAUUCGUCAGUUCAGCUUUUCUCCUCGCAGAACUGCGAGGCAAGGUAGACCAAUUUUCUAACAACGAGAAACUUCUCGUUUUACCAUCAACUUUAACCAACAACAUAGAAUUCUACAAUUCUAUUCAAACUACACUCGUCGUCGACAUAAUCAAUUCAACAAUAAAACAAAGAUGUUGAUCGGUGGAGCAGUAAGCUACGUCGCUGGAAAGCAGGCAGUUCGCACAGUGUACUGGCGAACAGCCAGCAACGGUCGUCUGUUGAAAACGGCGAAGACCUGUAUGUUCCAAGGGCCACCAAAACCUGCGCCCUCUUCGACGUCCGCUUCUUCCUUCAGAGGUCACUCCCACAUGGAGCCUAUAUCGAAAGACAUCAUCAAUCCUCGACAUUAGACGACUAUUCAACAUGACAUUGGAACCAAAGAAUAACAGGAUGAGAAAAGGGUGGGGAAAAUCCGAUAAUCCUUGGAGCAUUUACCACAUAACUUUUGUACAUAGUAUAACUCCUAAGUUAAUACGACUCGUUCGAUGAGUUUAUUUUGUAAAUUACGCUGAGUUGCUUAAACGAAUGUUUGUACGUAUGCUGUUCGAUAAUUGUGUGCGAUUGCUGAAUAAAAUUAUUUAUUUUCUAUAGAAACGAACAUUUCUUCGUUAUUGAUAAUUACUCCUUUCCUACAAGGUACGAAGUUUCUCCGCUCCGCUAUCUCGGUGUCAACCAGUGUAUCGUUCGGAAAUAAAAACGCGGAGAGUAGAUUAAGAGGUCUAGGUGAAAUCGACGGACCCACCUUCAGUUACAACUGUAAAUUUUCAUAGCAUGAACUUUGAAAUAAGGCCAAGACGGAUUUGCGUCAUUGCUGGCUCGUUAGAGAAUCGAACGCUUUUAUUCGAAAUCGUCGCUAGAGAUAAUAACGAUUAAUCGGCCAAACAAUUAUUGCUCCUUUUGUCCUCGUUUUAUCGUACGAUAUACUCGAUGAAACGCCGGUAAUAACAUAAUCUUUUAUUUAUUCGUGAGACUAAUUCGAUAUAAAGUGGUCUGAACAUCGAUUAAAAUUUCCACGCUGCGAAAUUUUAAUUUAACGUCGAUAAAAAGCAAGCUGUACACGAGCAGAUAGCGAUUCCUGUGAAAAAAUUCAAGUUCGCUCGUUAAUCCGAUGAACUUCUCGUACGGUGGCUUUACUGAUUAUCAAGAAAGGAAAAUGCAAUCACGCACACGCACCGUGGCUGUGCGAUGUUAUACACGCGAAUUAUCGAUAUCGAUAAACUCGAUACGUCAUUCCCUAACCGUGUAUCAUUACGAAGCAGAAUAUGCAAAUUAUUCGAAACAGUAGCUUAUUACUUCAGAACCGUGAAAAUAGACGUCGAGGCCGAUGCUUUUGUCCGCUCGUGUCAGGGUCCAAAGGGCUCCCUUGCUCGCCAUCAAUUAACCCUCAAACAGAGCGUGCUCGACGUGGUACAUUACUCCAAUUUGAUGUUACAUUUUUUUCAUUUCGAUCAUUAUUUUUUAGAUGCUUAUUCUUUGUUAGAGAGUCAAUGACUCUGCAAAGCAUUUUGACAUGUCGACAAACCUAUUUGCUCAGAACAAAAGGAGGAGAGAGAAUCGCGGGUCAAGGUCUUCGACAUUGAAUGUUAGUUAGCAUGUACAAGGUUUCCUUAAGCACGCUUCAGGAGGCCAUUCUACUCGCGAAGCGAAACUUUUUACGUUCGACUCGCGUGAAUCGAGCUUGCAACAGCCUUUCAAACGAAAGCAAUGUUUUCGUGUUUAACACCAAUUUCUUAUAAUUCGCGUUUAACACUAUGAGAAGGAGAUAUAAUUCUGCGCGUAAAGUUGUGAACAGUGGCAUCUGCCCGCGGUGCUAAGAAUUUGGAUAUCCGGCGUGCGAUCAACUGCGCAAGAAUCACGGGAGAACAAGGGUUGGAGAAAGUGAAAGAACGACGGCCCUAGCGAAGGAUUAGAGUUACUAUCGAUCGACACUUUACUACUAUAAAAAGAAAAAGAAGUAAUCGCUUUAUUCUUCUCCUUCAAUAUUUUGAUCACGAUAAAGAUAGCAACGCGAGCAAGAUGCGUACAGUGCAUUCAGAAAAUAUUCUGCUAAAUUUAAGAAGGUAUAAUGCUUUUAUUCGUUGAGACAGACGGCAGUUGUUUUUAAAAGCUCUGCAAAUUUAUCGGAAUUCGCGGGAAGCAAAAUGUUGGUAAAGUUAAACGAGAAAGAGUCGAACGAACACCCAUCGCUAGUCGAUCGAGUGAACAAGGGGGUGUAGAUUGCGCGGGCGCACUGUCAGGACUAUCGAUUUCGCGAGCAAAAGGUGCCACACGGUUGGCCAUCGAUUCGACGCUCGUCUAAAAGGAUUGUAGCUGGUGAUUCCCAAAAGGCAAGACGACGCUUCGGCCAAGGAAUUGUUCGCAGAUCCGCGGAGCGAGAACCGAUUCGACGAAUCGGUCGGAAGAUUGGAUCCGUGGACGUCGGACGAUAGUUGUGCGUGUCUAUCCUCGGAAGACGAGGAGCGAAACGGAAGAGACUGAGGAAGACAGAUCUCGACUCUCGUCAUGCAGAAUUAUGGACACGAAAAUUACGAUUAUGGGUCUGUCGAGGGAACUUCGCAACAGGCUGCGGGUAGAACGUUACCACAGGUACCGGGCGCCCGGCCCAUGGUGGACCCCCACGCCGAAGGCGAGGUCGAUCCAAAUUUGUAUCCCCAGCCGAAGGAAGCAACGCAUAAGAUCCGUGGCAAGAGCGACGUGAUCGAGUACCUGUUUGGUUCCGUCGAUCAAGAACUUCUCACCGUGAAAACCUUCUACUUCUUCUUCUACUCGGCCUUUGGCUCUUUGUUUCCGCUUAUGGGAGUCUACUUCAAACAGAUGGGCAUGAACGCCAGUCAAUGCGGUCUCUUGAUGGGAAUUAGGCCUUUGGUCGAGUUUAUCAGCGCACCCUUUUGGGGCUCGUUAGCCGACAGAUGGCAAAAAGGUAAGCUGAUUCUGCUAGCCUCGAUAUCUUGCUGGAUCAUUUUCACCCUUCCUCUGGCCUUCAUGCAACCACCGGCCACGUCUUGCGUGGUUGUACGAAACAGAACCGCGUACCUGGUAUCUCCAAACCCCAAAACUAGGAUAGUGAAACGAUCGACCAAUCUCGAUGAAUUUUAUCAUCGAGACGACAGUCAAUGUCUGGAAGUCGCCGAGAACGUCGUCUUCGAGAGGCUGCGCAAAGACGACGGCGCGACGGACUCGUUGAACAAGUUGCUUUUGCAACGGAAUAAGACUUCCUCGACGGACAACGUCGAGAAGAAUGACCGAACGUCCAUCCAUAAGGAAAACGAGGAUGCUGUCAACAGAGUACGAAGAGAAGUCUCGGUAGAUACUACGACCACCGAGGAGAGCCCUAUAGAGGAUCUCAAGUACAAGCAGCUAGUGUUCGAAGAGGAUGCAGACGAUCCUGAAGCCAAAACCAUCGAUUUCGAGACCCUCCAAAGGAGAAACCGUCCAGCCGAUGUGCUCGAGUACAAACGUUUCCUUAAUAAUCAGCCCUUGGACGAUAAAAUGCCACCAAAGAAGGCUUACACUCGUACCAAAACCAGGGUGAAACCGCCUCCAACGAAAGUCAUGGUGAAGCGAGACGUCAGCGAGGAAGAGGACGAAGAUAAUCAGUCUCUGUUAGAGUCUAAGCAGCCUUGGUCUACCAUGACGGCUCUGCGUAAGCUGACGUUACUGGACGAAGAAGAGGAGGACGAGGACAAGGACGAGGAGGACGUUGAAAUGCCACUGCUCAGGAGUAAACGUUACGUUUGGGUGCCACAUUCUGGGCAGAGUCCUCACACGGUUUCUUACGCCAAGAAUUACGACGAACGGGUGAACAAGGGCUGGGUGAAGCCACUCUUCAGCUCCAUCGUCUAUAGAUUACCGGACAUUCAAAAAACGUUCUUUUUGUUGUUGCUGUUGGUAAUAGUCGGAGAGUUUUUCUCCGCUCCAGCGAUAACGUUGGCAGAUUCGGCCGUCAUUACUUUGUUAGGCGAGGAUGCGGACAGGUAUGGUCACCAGCGAAUGUUCGGCAGUUUGGGCUGGGGUCUGGCCAUGUUCUUCGUCGGCAUCGCUUUGGAUCACAGCACCGCCUUUUCCGAGCAUCCGUGCGGUCCAGACCUCAGGGAGAAGAAUUACACGAUCUGUUUCGCGAUCUUCAGCGUCCUGAUGGGCGCAGCAUUGAUCACUGCCACGCAAAUCAAUUUCAAGUACGACGUGGUCGCCUCGGAACCGGAAGUAAUUAAACCACCUGCCGAACCAACCAGAGAAGAGCAACUGCAGAGUCAACUGUCUCAGCAGUUGAAUCUUCCUAGUCUUCAGGAUUCGUCAGCGGCGGUAAAUCUGAAGCCUCAGCCUCCGGAAGGCAAGACAAAAAUGUUCGCUCAAACGAUGCGGGAGAUUCCAGAAUGGGUGACCGUGUUGAAACAAUUCAAAGACUUGAAGUGCGCCUCCUUCCUCUUCGUAGCCUGGUUCAUGGGUUUCGGUAUCGGAUUGAUCUUCACCUUUCUGUUCUGGCACCUUCAGGACUACGGUGGUACGCCCACGUUGUUCGGCGUCGCUUCCGUGAUCAAUCACAUAUCCGAGAUAUUCGCCUACUUCUUCAGCUUCAAGUUGAUUCGCCAGAUCGGUCACGUGAAGGUGUUAUGCUUGGGGCUAGGCGGUAACGUGUUCCGUUUCCUGUAUAUAUCUUGGCUGACGACGCCGUGGUGGGUUCUGCCCUUCGAAUUCAUUCAAGGGAUAACCCAUGCCGCUGUGUGGGCCGCGUGCUGCAGCUACAUUUCGCACAACACUCCUUCGCACUUGCGUACCAGCGCCCAAGGAGUUCUUCAAGGUAUUCACCAUGGUCUUGGCAGGGGAUGCGGUGCCGUUAUAGGUGGCAUGUUCGUUGACGCCUACGGAACGACCGCAACGUUUCGGGCAUACGGUCUGAUCUGCCUGGUGGUGCUGGGCGGUUUCAUAUUCAUCAACUUCUACAGGAAGGAUACGGGCUUCGUGUCGGACUUGCCGCAAACGGAGGACCCGCAUCAAGUAGCCGAAGCGACGCACCUGGCACCGCACGGUGUGCCCAGCAACGCUAUUCCUCGUGCCCUGAGCUCUACGCGCCUGCACGAGCUGGGCAAUACCGACUACCAAUCGAACACGAGGUAUCAGAACAGGCUGCAACCUACUGACGGCAGUAACAUCGGUACAAAUGGAGGCGUAGUAAACCCGACGAAUCCAUUCCUGAACGGUGGAGGCGGCGGUGGAGGUGGAUACAAUUACGGUAUGACUGGCAAAGGCGAGGACGAGUAUAUCCGUAGGAGCUUCCAGCUCUACAAUGAAGUGAUCGACAGAGAACUCGACCUGAUCAAACCACCGCCGAUAGUGACCCAUCUCCACGCUCAACAACCAUGCACCAACCCCUUCCAUCAGCACGAUUACGAGUGGUAACAGUCCGGGAUGUUCGACCCUACUUGAGGCAAUCAGGAUGGCGAGAUACGCUGAUCAGAUUACGAGAAACUGGUCUGGAGUACCAAGAAUCGAGGAGUACCAGGCUCCAAGAGAUGGGACAUUUUUUACUCGGUUACUAAGCAGACCCUUUCGAUAGUUGUUGCUAUGAUACAACGAAGUCGUAAAUCCUUCGAAAGUCAAAGAACUAUCGAUCAAGACGAAGAUUCUCGUUACAUUGCCGUAGUUGAAAAUUCUUCAAAUUGACAAUAUAUUGGAUCUUUCGAAAAGUCUUUGAUAUCGCGAGAAGUUCGAGAGUGGUAAUAGAACGAGAAUUUAACGUAUAUUUUCGACGAUUCGAGUUACGACCUCGAUAUAUGGUAGCGCGAACUAUGCUCCGUCGAUCAAUAUCGUUGGCCAUCGAAUCGACUAAUUGCACGGAAUAGGUGUUUCGCGAACGAUCCACGUUUAGAAAUCGACGAAACGACGACUCUGAAGUGCCUGAUCACUGAGAUGUUCUUGUUUACAAGCGACGAUCGAUCAAGAUCGAUGCUGAUCGACGGGAGACCGAACGGUUUCGACGAAACGGGAUUGACGUCUAUAUCGCGUAGAGUAUCGAGUCUCUCGACGAGAAUACGCGCGAAACGAAAUAAUACCAUCCGAUCGAUGUAUUUUAUUAGAGGCGAGAAUAGGAUGUAUGUACAGCGGAGAGCGCCGGUAUCUUUCGUGACUAUCUAUCUACAUAGUAUACCUGACACGUGUAGUACGGCACAACACGAUCUGCGGGGUCGCUUCAACGAAAACAUUUAUCCUACGUAAUUAACGAGCAUUCCACGGUAUCGUUCGAGUAUUUAACGAGCAGAACGUGAACGGUCGAACGAGACGAUAGUCGCUCUGAUAUCUAAUCAGGGAAUAUCCCUGGCAACAUCCGACAAUCAGAAGAUCGAUGAUUUACUCGGGAGACUAGCGUUUGAUGAGAGAAUAAUUGCAGGUGAAAUUGACGAAACUCGAACGGCACCGUAUUCUCGAACGCGAGCACCUCGAUGUAUUAUUGUGUAUCUACGUGCGAUCGCGUGCUCUGCUUCUCUGGUUUCAUCGUGAUUCUGGCUCACGUUUAUAUCCAAUAUCCUCUCGACGUAUGAAUCGAAUUAGGCUGUCGAUAAAAUUCGUCAGCGAUCAUUGUAAAUACUUAUCCUCUGUCGCUCUAACUCGCGUGUGAAUAUUAGAAUUAAAAAGCCCUGUUCCUUGUUCUCGUUCAUCGUUAUUUUCUGUUUCUAGGCUGAUCGUUGCUCGUUGCGUGUUAUAUCUGUACAAUGUUUCACUUGUAACCGUGUAGUCUAUCGAGUAUAGAACUCGUCGAGGUACUCUUAUCGUGUAAGCAAUCACGUUUCUGCGUGAGAUAAGUGUAUAAAUAUUGUUGAAACUGAGAGACGAUUAAACCGGAUAGAUGCGGGGGUACUCGCUGCGGAUACCUAAUUAACAAGUUGCAUACCUGAUCGAAGAGAUAUCGAAGCUUCUGCCGAUGUAACAUUUUCGUUUGGAACAAGUUCAAGAAAAAGUCUACGGCUUGCAUUUAUUUCUUAUCGCCUAUUUAUUGGGGUUCACCAAGUAUCGCAGUAAUUUCUAUGUUUUAACGUCCGACUUUCUAAAUUUAGAUCGACGUAAAUUUAACAAGCAUAUCAUAGCGGGCGUUUCGUAACGAAAGAGUUAAUUACGAGACUUCGAUUCGGUUCGGUCAAGUGUGUAAAUAAAGCCUAAACGAAGCAGAAUCUCGUUUUCCGAGGCACAAGCUAGACAUAAUGUCGUACUUGCGUACGUUAAUACCUUAUCGACGAACCACGUGCUUUAGUAUCGAACCAAGAUUACAAAAUACUGUCAACCGAGCAUAUAAAUGUUCGUUAAGAACGUCGAUAAAGUGUUAAUCGACAUUCGAUCCGAGGGAAGAAUACAUAGGCAUCGUAUGCAUCCGAGUGCUUUAGCUCAGUAUUGUUAUAUAAAGCACGACUAUAUAUACAUAUAUAUUUAACCGUAAGCGUGAGGGUCGGAAUGAACGCGUGUCUAACUGCACGUUUCAUUUCGACAACCACUCUGGACUAGUUUUUCGAGGACACCUUCCACCGACAUCAUAAACUUAGAAACAUAUAGCAAGCCCGAAACGAACCGGAAGACAAUUUUCAUCCGAGUUGAAUGGAAAUUACGAUCAUGCACACGCUCGCUUCGACCAUCGAAUUAAUCGCCAAAAUUCUGAAGGCUCCUAGUGUUCGCGGCUCUUCUUGAUUUUGCGUUUUCAAAAAUCGAAUAUUCUGUAUCAUCUGGUGAAAGACGUGCUCGAAAUAAACGCAAACGGAGUUUAACAUUGAUACUUAUAUCUCGCGUUCUUCGAUCUAGACGAUUCCCGUAACGUUGUCAUUGAUCAUAUUCUUUCGCGAUCUAGUUUCCGCUGUGCAUUAUUAGAGACUUCCAGGUGUAAAAAGGAAAUAACAUCGAAAUAAGUACACUGAAUGUCCCUACUAACAUGUGUAAGAGAUUGGACUUGACGAGAGAAAUUACACGCGGAUGCUUCAAUUACUCGAGUCUUCCCCUUGGAACACAUAUAUUUUGAAAAGCAAGAAAUUGAGGGUAUUUUACAGAGCCGAUACAUUGAUUUGACCAUUUCUCGAACACAUUGUCGUAAUAAAUUGAGGAACUUAGGAAAAGAUAUUUGGCGAGAAACACAUCCGGCGAACUUGAUACAUAUCAUAUAGCUACUAAGUUAAAAAUCGAUGUAAUUAUUCAGAGAGGAUCGUUUCGCACGUGACUUCUUCGUGUUGCCCCGUGGCAUCGACGAGUAAGGUUGAGGACAUUCUGUUUUUCUCGGAGAGUAGGUUUCUUGGUAAAGAAAAAUCUUCGAAACGAGAUGCAUUUUUGGUAGAAGUUUUCUUGCUCGAUCAAGACUGAAGUAGCUUCAAGAUCGAUUCGAUCGUUCGAGUUAAUUAUUUAUGAGCAAAGAGUUCAACGAAUUCGGAGGAGUUGUGUGCGAAACGCGAUAACGAUAGCUGUACUAUAGGUAUAGCGAUAUGAAUAGACAAUUAACAGAGAAAUAUAACAUACAGUAAUAAUGUAAUUAAUACACAGUUUGAAAAAAAGAAGUCUCGAUCGUGUUGAAUUUCCCUCCCUUUUCUUCGUCGACGAUGAUUAAGGAUUAAGGCUGUUUCCAACUACCAAAUUAAUUAUUUUUAUAAUUACACAAAAUUACAACGGUACUGCUCAAUCACUCUCAGCCACAACAAAUGACAAGGAGAAAAAAAAAAGACGUCCACAGCUUUGUUUAUUUACACCAAGCAACACCACAGAUCAUGCACUUUAUGCGAUAAAAAAAUGAAAGAAAAAAGAUAAACAAACGGAAAUUUUUCAUUUAUUUACAUGGUUCAUGCAAAAUGACGCAAUAUCGAUCGUGAAUUUCAGCGAACGCGAUAAAACGCUUAAUUUCGUGUUGACUCGACGAGCCGUAUGACUCUUCUAAUUACUUAUGGAUACGAGAAGAUUCGCGUGGGGACGUGAUCGCAGAAUGAACACGAGCAACGCUUGGUAAAUAAAGGUUUUAUUCUAUCGUUCUUUUCGCCUAUCGAUUUACUUAUUUGGACAAAGUUACGACUAGAGGCACUAGUCAAGCUUAAACUCUAGCUGAACUACGAGAAAUUCGUAAUUAUGCUCGAUGUUCUAUAACUAAAACGUUCUUCUCUCGAUACACGGUUUCAAAGAUGAGAAGUCGGAAAUCGUGUGAUGUAGCAGACUAGAUCUAGUAAUUGAUAAGUAAUUAAACAGUCGCUAUUUGUAGCUCACUCGAAAAAUUGUUUAUCACUAAAAAUGGUGUUCUCUAUCGUUAAUCGAUAAGUGUUAAGUGUUUGUACGUUACAUGUAUAUAAAGUGUAUACGUGAAGGUGUUUGUUUUACCUGCAACGCGGGCACGGUUUAUAAAGAUAUACGAGAAGAUUACGGAAGAGUCGAAUAGAAAAACCGAUGCGACGCAUUCACUUUCUUAAUCGUCUACGUUAAUAAAAAUGCUAUCCUAUGAAUGUAAAAUACUGACUAUGAUUUAUGACUCCACUACGAAUAACGUGAUGUGGACAAAAAUUCAUAAACACGUGUCUCCGGAUUUAUUUACCUGUAUAUGUAUCACGUGUUUCUGGCAACACUAUCGAUUAACGCGUUGACCAACACGAAAGGAAACACCGUGGUGGUACGGCACAUUGUAAUCGCGACCGUUUACAAAAAUCAUUUCGUUUCUCGAUUUACACAUUUCGCUCGCUAGCUCGACUAUGUUAAAUUCGUGGUACCAUGGGUGACAAUCUUCGUGGCAACCAACGCGUUCACCAGUAUUUUUAUCACUAUCCCGUGUACACCGAGAAAUAUGUACACGUAAAAUAAUUGCAUUGCUUCGCAAUUAACGCAGUCGUGCCAUAUUUACCAAUAAAAUGUGUUUCGUUCUUCGUUCGUUACCGGUGGAAACUGGAUAAAUACUGUACGUGUAAUUUAACUCGAAUAUUCACCGUAUCAGUAGAUAUUACGGAUGAAAAGCGUAAGCGGGCAAGAGGCGAUUCGUGGCAACUUGCAUUCAAACUUAGAGAUUUUUUUUUUUUAAGAAAGCGCCAAGAAAAAUCUCGAUACUUGUUCGUAAUACGCGUGUGAAUGCAAUCAAAUUGCUUCGAGGGGUUUUCUAUUAAGUAACUAAGCGAACAUCGAUCGUAUUUAGCCUCCUAUCUCAUUGGUAUUAUGCAUAUCGAUAUUAUGCUAUUUGGUAUUCUUUCCCCCUUAUUGGCACUGGUAUACGUAUAACGCAUUCUUUCAAUCGUUGUACAAAUUAGCGGAAAAUAAAUAAAUAAAAAAAAGAGAAAGGCAAGAAACUUAUACCUAUCGUUAAGUAACACUUGAAAAGUUAAUGGUAAACUUAAUUCCAACAGCUGGACACUACUCUAUUAAACGCUUCUUUUGAAGAAGCGAUUCAUUUCUAACUAUACAUCGUGUGUAAUUACAUAUGAGUGUAUAUAUAUAUAUGUUGUGUGUGUGUAUAUAUAUAUACGCGCGCGCGUGCGUGCGUGUGUAUAAUACUUAAAACGAAAUCAGUUUUGUACAGCUGUUGUUUCUCACGCAAAACUGGACCGACACCGGGCAGUGUGUCAUUACGGCAGAAUUGCAUUAAUUGUUAUAAUACUGGCACAGUGAGGCAAUGAUCUUAGGACUCUCUAAGCUAUUAAUAAUAAUAACGUACUUCUACAUUCAUCUAUCGGAUUCAUACUCGCACGCUAAUUAUUCUUCGAGUCAUGCAUACCCUAUCUCAUUUGCUCCUUAAUCAAAAUAACGUGAUAACAACAUCGAACUGUCGAGGGCUGAUUCUUUUCCAAUAAUUCCAUAGAAACUAAUAUAACGCUACGUUAUCGUGUUAAAAGAAAAAAAAAAAA